GAUGAUUAUAUUGCUGGUUAUCAUUGUAACACUGGACCAGUUAUCACAACAAACUGACUGUUGCUUACUGGGAGGAUUAGAUUACUGUCCAAAUGAAAAGUCGCUCAUUUCAACGGAAUCAGACGUUAAAAGUUGUUCACUUCAGACAUUCGAAGACAAUUAUAACGGAAAUUAUUUUUUGGACAUAAUGCGUCUCUUCAUUUCGAUCUUAUUUAUGCACCUUAUCGCCAUAACAUCUAUUGAGUUGUUCGUGUAUUAGAGAGGAUGCUCUGCAUCUUCUUACUCACGGAGUGUGACUCCUUUAAAGAACGUCGCUUGUCUAAUGCUAUACGACUUUUGGCAUGCUGACUAUGAACAAAACUUUCUUUCCUAUUCUUUUUAAGAAAUCUAAUAAAUUUGUGAAAAUAACUACAGACGAUGCAAAUGUGUGAGCUGCAACAUCCAAUAAGGC